UGUCGCGAUGUGGGCUCCAUGUGGUUUUAUUGUUACCUAUAUUAUGUAAACUCAAAUAUUGUUUAUUUAGUUUUGAAUUAAUUUGUUAUCACAGUGAAUUCAGUUUAUAAAUUUAUUACUACCAGUGUGAAUUUUGAUUGGCACAAGGAAUUAUGAAACUUUCGUUUAAGUUUUCCAAUCUUUUAGGAACUGUUUAUCGCAAAGGGAACAUUCUGUUUUCUCCGGAUGGAAACAGUGUUAUUAGUCCAGUUGGAAACAGAAUUACUAUUUUUGAUCUCAAAAACAACAAAUCCGAAACUUUGCCGAUUGAAAGCAGAUACAACUUUACAUCCAUAGCUUUGGCACCAAAUGGCUGUAUUCUUAUUGCCGUCAAUGAAGGUACCCAAAUUCUGGCUUUUUUAUAUAAUUUUGUCAUAGUUACGUUUUUUGCAGUAGCCAAAGAGAACAAUGUUUUGGUGUACCAAGCGCCGUGUUCCCACAGAAGAGUAUACAACCCAUUUGCUCUUGAACAGGUGUUUCAUGCUGCCUAUUCAGAGACUACUUGUAUAGACUGGACUACAGAUUCAAGGGUUUUGGCUGUUGGAAGCAAGGAUAUGAGCACAAAAAUAUGUGCUUUAGAAAGAUUCUCCAAUCUGUCUAUAUACACCCUUGGAAGUCACACUGACAACAUUGUUGGUUGUUUCUUUGAUGAAAAUUCACUUGAUCUGUGCACAGUAAGCAGAAAUGGACAGCUGUGUGUGUGGGAAUGUAGUGUUGAUAUUGGUGGAUUAAUGCCUCCAACAGAACAAGUGGAGCAACAACAAAAAGACUGUGAUGAUGAAGACAAUAUGACUGAUGCCAAAAAAAGAAAACUUGAUGAAAAAGAAGAAGAAACAGAUGACAAGAACAGUAAAGUUUUCUACAAACGUCGAGCUAAAGUGUACUUGAAGGAUUCUUUAAAAGCUGGAAAUUCUGUGAUGCUGACAUCUGCAGCUUACCAUAGAAAGUCUCAUAUUCUGGUAACUGGAUUUUCCAAUGGUUCUUUUUUACUGCAGGAAAUUCCAGACUGUAAUUUGAUACAUUCACUUUCGAUUUCAGAGCAGGACAUCUCGGCUGUAGCUUUUAAUUGCACAGGAGACUGGAUAGCCCUGGGGAGCUCCUAUAUGGGGCAAUUAGUAGUGUGGGAAUGGCAAAGUGAAAGCUUUGUCCUCAAGCAGCAAGGACACUUCAAUACCAUGAGUUGUUUGGCCUACUCUCCUGAUGGCCAGUAUAUUGUCACAGGUGGUGAUGAUGGGAAGGUGAAAGUUUGGAACACUGGCACUGGGUUUUGUUUUGUCACCUUUACUGAGCAUGAAAGUGGUAUAAGUGGGGUAACUUUCACUCAGAGUGGGAAGGCCAUACUCUCAGCAUCCUUAGAUGGUACUGUUAGAGCUUUUGAUCUUCAGAGGUAUCGAAAUUUUAGAACAUUUACAUCACCUCAACGUACACAGUUUUCCUGCUUGGCUGUUGAUCCUAGUGGUGAAAUAGUGUGUGCAGGAUCUCAAGAUACAUUUGAAAUAUUUGUGUGGUCGCUGCAGACUGGGCGUCUUUUGGAGGUUCUUUCCGGCCAUGAAGCUCCUGUGAGUGGAAUCAGCUUUAGUCCAAACCAAGCUAUCCUCGUAAGUGCAUCAUGGGACAAGACUGUUCGUGUCUGGGAUGUUUUCGAAAGCAAAGGUAGCCGGGAAACACUUCCUGUUACGUCUGAUGCUCUGACUGUUCAGUUUCGGCCAGAUGGACAGGAGUUUGCUGUAGCCACAUUAGAUGGCCAAAUCCUGUUUUUUGACAUCAACACUUCUGUUCAGACGGGCAGUAUAGAAGGAAGAAAUGACCUCGGAGCUGGAAGAAGAGACACAGACUUGGUGACAGCAAAGAAAUUACAAGGCAGUCAGGCCUUCACUACAUUGUGCUACAGUACAGAUGGAGAAUCGAUAUUAGCUGGAGGCCGUUCUAAGAAUGUGUGUAUUUACCAUGUCGGGGAACAGUUACUAAUGAAGAAGUUUGAAAUUACUUGCAAUCAUUCUCUUGAUGGAGUGGACGUGAGUUCCUUUGUCCGUAUGAAUAAAAACAUUAAUGGAUCAAAUUGUACUAACUUGUUUACAGGGCGGGCAUGGUCAACGGCAACAACAGAAGGAUUGCUGAUAUACUCCCUUGAUCAUAAUCUGCUUUUUGACCCAUUCCAGUUAGAAGCUAACAUUACUCCCACAGAAAUUAGAAAAACACUGAGAGAGAAGAAACAUUCCAAAGCACUUAUAAUGGCUCUCCGUCUUAACGAGCAGCCUUUACUAAUGGAGAUACUAGAAGGCACCCCUUUUGAAAAUGUGGAACUAGUCUGUCACUCAUUACCUCAUGUUUAUGUUGAAAAACUUCUGGAUUUCCUUGGCAACAAACUGGAAUCUUCUCGACACAUAGAGUUCUACUUGACAUGGAUCCAUCAGCUUCUAUUAUCCCAUGGAUCAGCAUUAAAGUCACGUUCAACUUUCAUUCUUGGUACCCUUCACACGCUCCAAAAAAACUUGACUCGGUGGAACGAAGACCUGGGUAAAAUAUGCAACCAUAACAAGUAUACUUCACAGUAUCUAAUUUCUCUGUGGAAGAACCAACUAAACAAGACAAAACGUAGUGAAGAGGAGGAAGAUAAUUCUGAUAUUGAAGACCAGAUCUUAAUCUCAAGAACUGAAUUUGAUAUGUCAGAAGAGUCGAUGCACAGUGAUUAAUUGUACAUAGUAGUUUCUUAAAUAAAUCUCUAUAAAAACAUA